GAUUGGUUACGGGACGACGUGCAGUAUUGUCGCUUCAAGAAUUAUGACCUGACCUGUGCGUUUUACUCUAAAUUCCCAAGCUGAGGGUUCAUGGACGCCUCGCUUGUUCCUGUCGCGGAGGAUCGAACAAGCGAGGCGAAAACAUCCCUCUCCCUUUCCUAUUCAUUCACAGCCAAUCAGAAAAACCCCUCCAAAAUCAUAAAUAACGCAGUGAUCAAUAAUCAAUCGGCAAUCUCACACUUGGAUAACGAUACCAGCAUCCUGAAUGUCCUUAACCAGAGUCAAGACAAGUAUUCAAACACAAACAAGUUGGAUUCGCAAAAAGAUCAUCUACAGGAAGAGGACAGUUCCGUCAUGGCGAAUUCAAGUAAAAAAUCUGAUGAGUACUCUCUACAAGUUAACAAAGAGACAUCGAAAUUGAUUCCGAAUUCAAUCUGGAGUACUGACAAGGAUAACAGAACAGUAAUCAGAAAUUGUUCACGACGUUCCACGUCUUCGCCGCAAUUGGGAAGUAAGACAGUCUCACGUUCAAAGGUAUAUCGGAAGGCGUCUCUUAAAUCAUCAUCCGAUAAAUUAACGCCGUCUACGAAUUAUCCGUACUCCCCGGUUUCCGGUAUCUCCCCGGAAACGAGGAUCACGACGAUAUCAAAUCAUUCCAAGAUCACAGCUCUCGAGGAAAGAAAUAUUAUGAUGAAGACUUGUCAGGGGAAGAAGACGGAAUCGAGUAGAGAGAAGAACAACGAUGCUCCCAAUGACACUAAACUCAAGUGGAAUAUGGAGAAUGUACAUAUUACUUGCAAUCCUCUAUCAAAUCCAUACCCGUACUCGACGCCAUGUCAAAAGAGCACAUGUCCACCUGUGACAGAGAGUCAAGAAGAGGAGCCAAAGAGUCACAGUUGCGGGAGCUUUCUACCGAUAUUAUCCCUGAUACCACAGACGGUCGUGAGCUUUCAAUAUCUAAGCCCUAAAAUGAAGUUUUCAUGGUGGCGUAAUAAGAUCUCGUGAAGACACGCUUAAAGGGUUGUCCGAAAGCGACUGCCACUUAAUAGUCGUCCACGGCAGUUGUUAUCUGGUCGACCGGAACUGUAUGAAAAACCUCUUACCUCGUAGUGGAGCUCCCAGCCCUCGUCAGUUAGAGGAAUCCUGUCUUGUUAUCGUGUGUCAAUCUCUGUCAGAAACUCGACAAACAACCCUUAACCAUGUUAGCUUAAACGUCUGGAUAAGCGCAGAGCUUUACGGGUUAGUCUUCUUAAUUUGUAGAACACAGAAAUUAAAAAAAAAAGGUAUCAAAUCAUAAAGGCAAAGUUUUGACCUAGUGAUACUAAAGGAUUGCAGGAAGAGAAGCUCUAGUCCAGGUAUCCGGAUAAGGAUUAACGACUAAAUGUUAUUCCUUUUAAUAUCACUCUAGUCCUAAUGAUGAAGACAAAAAAAAAUAAGCAAAGGAGGCAGAUGAUACAACAAAAAUUCGACUAUUCACAUUUACAGUAAAGAUCACUUAGAAUGGAUCAGCACUAAUCCCUCGUGUACUUGUUAGAUCUACGUGAAACUUAGAUUUAUCUAAUGUGAACAAAAAAAUGAAAUUAAAAAGAAAGGUGUAUGAACUCUGUUAAAGAAAUAAGGGUUUUGUCGGAAUUUAGAGCCAAUGGGUCGGAUUCUCGAAUGAACGUACUUAACACCGUAUAUUUUCAUACAUGCACAUUUGCGUCCUAUGAUUUUUCCUUUGAGGAAAUUCAUUUAUUAUCCUUCGAGAUCGCGCGUGCGUCGAUUAUUAUUACAUUUAUCAUACCCAAGACCUAUUUUGCAUUUUAUUUCUAACUAUAUUUAUUUUUCAAUUGUCCUCUCUUCCUUGGAGAGACCCACCCAUGAAUACUCUUGGAGGACUAAUUUCAAGAAUUAGCUUUUAUUAAGCGUGGACUAAAAUGAAUAACAAAUAUUCAUAUUAGAGAUUAGAAAAUGCGUCAUUUUUAUCUACCCAUUGGUCACUUAAAUUGUUGAAUAUUUCAAAUCUAUAAUUGGUAGCUGUUACUUCUGUUUUCUCAGAGUGAAGAGUUAAGAAGUUUAAAUAUUACAUUUCCUUUUGUUCUUUGAAGAUCUACGAGAACUGUGCAUCUUCGAGAGAGAAAAUGAAUGACCAGCUAUAUCGAUUGUAUAGACGACAGAUAACGAAGAAAGAGUUUUGCAACUGGUUAGUCAUUCCUGUGCUACGAAGAGAAUCAUAAUUAAAAUUAAGUGAACGUUACGUAUGCUAAGGAUUAAUUAUUAUUGCCUUUAACGAAAAACAAAUCUAUAGAUGUGCAUACGUGAAUGUCUCUCUAUUAAAUAGUAUAACAUUGUUUAAUACAAAAUUUUUACCUAAUGACACGAAACACGGACACAUUGAUCGCACAUGAGAAAAAUGUUAAGGAUACAUGAAAGACAGAGAAAGAGAAAGAGAGAGAGAGAGAGAGAGAGAGAGAGAGAGAGAGAGAGAGAAGAAACAUUUAUAAAGGAAGAAAAAGAAAAUGUAAUCGAAGAAGAAAUUAUGAAAUUUCUUUGCCUUCGUAACAAGACUUUGCAGCAACUUUGACAUUUGUGCUUUUUUCUUUUUCUUCUGUUUUCUUGCUUUUCUGUUUUUAAAUAUUUUCUUGUUCACGAGUAAAACCUAAUUACGUUUGCUUCUCUCGAACAGAGAUCUUGUUUUAUAAUUUUGGAUGAAUAAAUAUUAUUUUCUACAA